ACCCACUAAGUUCGCGACGCUUGAAGUUCAGAACUACUUGACUGGAACAUAAUCGAAAUAUUUGGUCCAUCCAAGUGGUCUUCGUUUGCGUUUUAGCUUCGGAGCCUAGUUAUCUUAGCUAAGCUUAGCUUAGCUUAGCUUGCGAACACAGACCAACGUGGUUCGACGCUUGAACAUCAAGUUGGAGCCUUCUAAAGUGUGCAAAAUGCACGCAAGAACGACGCCAGCAGCAAAGUUCGAGGCGGAACUUUGUGGCGCAAAAGAUCUGCGACAACAUCAAUGCUCGGCUUCUUGCAAAAUGCAAGUAAAGGUUGUGCCUCACACACUACCAGAUCCAUAUGUCAGCCAAGACCAUCGUCCUGAGCACCAAGAGUCUGCAUGCAUCAAAGAGGAGGAAGAGUCCAGACCCAUCCAAGGUUUCAGCAAAUAUCUUGGUCCUGAUGAUAAACAGCUAAAGAGAGAAGUACACCUUCCAAUCAAAAAGGAGGAGGUAGCGCUGCCAUAUGUUAAAGAGGAGGAUGACAUCACCAUGUUGACUGGUGAGCGCUCGAAUGGCGAGGAUGGUCCGAGUGAGGUAAGCAGAGGGACGGAGCCUCCAAGCGGCACCAGCAGCAGCUCAACAGAAAGACACAUUUUCAUUGCACCAUCAGAUAGAAAAGGUGCCACGUCACGCUCCCCUUACAAAGAUGGUGGUCAGAAGAAAUCUCACCGUGACGGCCAACUCUGCAGAUGCUCUCAGUGUGGGAAAAACUUUGCCAAUAACUAUUCUUGUCGUAUGCAUAUGAGGAGCCACACUGACGAAAAACCUUUUGUCUGCUCAGUUUGUGGUCAAAAAUUCACUCAGAAGAGCAAGUUAAUCACACACACCAGAACCCACACUGGUGAAAAACCUUUUGUCUGCUCAGUUUGUGGUCAAAAUUUCACUCAGAAGAGCAACUUAAAAACUCACACUAGAACUCACACUGGUGAAAAACCUUUUUCCUGCUCAGUUUGUGGAAAAAGAUUUGCGCUUAAGGACACAUUAAACAAACACACAAGAACCCACACUGGUGAAAAACCUUUUCCCUGCUCAGUUUGUGGUCAGGGAUUCACUUCAAAGCAAAGCUUAAAAACCCACUCAAGAACCCACACCGGAGAAAAACCUUUUGCCUGUUCAGAUUGUGGUCAAAAAUUCAGUCGCAAAAACGUCUUUAAAAGUCACAUUAGAACUCACACUGGCGAAAAACCUUUUUCCUGCUCAGUUUGUGGAAAAAGAUUCACUCAGAAAAGCGCCUUAAACACACACACAAGAACCCACACCGGUGAAAAACCUUUUUCCUGCUUAGUUUGUGGUCAGGGAUUCACUUCAAAGCAAAGCUUAGAAAGACACUCAAGAACCCACACCGGAGAAAAACCUUUUGCCUGCUCAGAUUGUGGUAAAAAAUUCAGUCGCAAAAACGUCUUAAAAAUUCACGCUAGCACUCACACUGGCGAAAAACCUUUCCCCUGCUCAGUUUGUGGUCAAAGAUUCACUGAAAAGAAAAGCAUAAAAAGACACUCGAGAACCCACACCGGUGAAAAACCUUUUUCGUGCUCAGUUUGUAGUCAAAGAUUCACUGAAAAGCAAAUCUUAAAAAGGCACUCAAGAACCCACACUGGAGAAAAACCUUUUGCCUGCUCAGAUUGUGGUCAAAAAUUCAGUUGAAACAACGAAUUAAAAAGUCACACUAGAACUCACACUGGUGAAAAACCUUUUUCCUGCUCAGUUUGUGGAAAAAGGUUCACUCAGAAAAGCGCCUUAAACACACACAAGAACCCACACCGGUGAAAAACCUUUUUCCUGCUUAGUUUGUGGUCAGGGAUUCACUUCAAAGCAAAGCUUAGAAAGACACUCGAGAACCCACACCGGAGAAAAACCUUUUGCCUGCUCAGAUUGUGGUAAAAAAUUCAGUCGCAAAAACGUCUUAAAAAUUCACACUCGCACUCACACUGGUGAAAAACCUUUUUCCUGCUCAGUUUGUGGUCAAAGAUUCACUGAAAAGAAAAGCUUAAAAAGACACUCGAGAACCCACACCGGUGAAAAACCUUUUUCGUGCUCAGUUUGUGGAAAAAGAUUCACUCAGAAAAACACCUUAAACAUACACACAAGAACCCACACUGGCGAAAAACCUUUUUCCUGCUCAGUUUGUGGACAAGGAUUCAGUUGCAAGAGCAUCUUAAGACGACACACAAGAACCCACACUGGCGAAAAACCUUUUUCCUGCUCAUUUUGUGGUCAAAGAUUCACUCAAAUUCACCACUUAAAAGUACACACAAGAACCCACUCUGGAGAAAACCUUUUUCUUGCUUAGUUUAUGGUCAAGGAUUUGAUCACAAGGAUCGGAUUAAGAGACACGUGUGUGUUGGUGUGAGAAGCAGUGGCCAAUGACUCUUUUGCCUGUCAUCCAUGCUGCCUUCAUCAGAUUGUGCUCACAGGUCGAUUGUAUUCUGGAGAGCUUCCUCAAAUCCUGUUGAGGAUUGGCACUUGCAUAAUGUGGAUCCACACUUUUGCCGAAAGUAUUGGCUCACCUGCUUUAACUCUCAAGUUGAGUGGCAUUAUUUAUACAAUACUUUCCCUCUUUCAAACUACACUUUUCAGAAUUAAUAUUUGAAACAAUAGAUCCUAAAUUACAAAAAUUCUAAAUCAUUCAUCAAUAAUAUAAUUACAUAAAUAUGGAAAAUUAUGACUCGCAAAUAUUCGUUUUUGGGGGAGGGGUAAUUAUAUAUAAUUUUAAAAGUUACUAUUACUCCUCUUGAUUGACAGUGACAUAUUACGACGGAGUAUUGUGGCCAAAUAAAGGGAGGGGAAAAAAUGACUACGAGAUUGAAGUUGUACUCUUACUACAAGAAAAAAAGUCGUAUUACGUAGGAGUAAUGUAGCUUGUAGUGGACCAAAGAUACACGAGGACACUGGUGUUGCAACUUAGGUGAACAUUCAAUUUAAUAAAGUCACAAAAGAGAACCCAUAUAACAAAAUAUCUUGGGCCCAACAUAAACGAGGCCAACAUAACAAAAGGCUUCAACCAAACUGACCUGCAGACCCAUCUCUGCGGCUGCUUUAAUAAAGACAGACUACGAACUACCACCUGAGGGAGGCAUGACAACCAGUUAAGCAAACAUUGUCAAUUUAAACAACAACAGAUGGAGAAAUUACAUACAUCAACUUAGAACAAUAAUCAACUAAUGUGCAUUGAAAUUAUCCCUGAAAAUUUUACCCCAAACCAUAUUUAAAUCAACCUAAAUAUCCCCCCUCCAGAAUAGUAGGUGCCAGAUCUUGAACAGCUGUGGUCGCUACCUCAAAUAAGAAAAUCAGAUCCCAUAAGCAUUCAAACAAACUUUAACCAAAGUGUACAUGUCCAAAAGAAUAUCACAUAAAUAACUAAAUCUUGAAACACUAAAUGGUGCCGGUAGUGGUAGCCACCACAUAGCUGAAUAAGGGGCUACGCACUUUAUGUACAUGUACCUUAGCCGGGAACUCCGACAAAGCAUCAGUAAAAGUGCAAAACAAUAUCGGUGUAGGAUCGGAAGUGCAAAAACCUGGAUCGGGGCAUCCCUAAUUCGACCGCCAUAUUGUCCGUCAUUGUUUAUCCGUAUUCUCAAUGGUUUCAAUUUUUCGUGCAAUUUAUAGACCCUACCCACCGACGUCACAAAACCACGUGAUCGCUGUAUUGCUCUGCCCCCUUGUCCGUCAUUUUGUGUCUGUAUUAUCAAUGGUCUCAAUUGAUCGAGCAAUUUAUAAUGCAUUUCAUGGAAGACCCGGUGCUUUCGGAUGCCUUAAACUCGAUGCGUUGCAUAAAAGACGUUAUGUGGAAAAGCUUCAGUUUAUCCAUUCGCCAGAUCCAUAUUUGAUGCCUAAAUCGAUAUUUUUCGAUCCGUUGUCUUCACCGUCUCUGCCUGACAUCUGCUACCCUGAUAUCUACAACUAUCUUGUCCACAGAAACUCAGCCUAUUCUCACGAAACUUUGAAAAACGUUAAGAGCAGCACUCUAAGCAGCAUUACCCCGUGUGACCCUUCCAAUUUUCUAAAAUGGCGAUAAUCAAUAAAAAAAAAAGUUGACUGCGAUGGCCGAAGCUUCAAGGAUAGGUGGAUAUUGGACUAUUUCUUCAAUAAAAUACGCAACAACUGUGUCUGCCUCAUUUGCAAAGAGACAGUCGCUGUUUUCAAAGAGUUCGCUGUGACGCGAUAUUACCAAACAAGACACGCUGACAUGUACGACAUUACAGAGAAGAUACGCAGCGAGAAAUGAAAGCAACUUGAAGCUCGUUUAAUUUCACAGCAGUAGUAUUUCACAAGAGCCCGAGUGUCGAAAAAGAACACCACAAAGGCGAGAUUGUUGAAAUUAUGAAUUAAAAAAAAAAUAAAAUAAAGCAAGUGUGACACACAGAAGAGCUUGCUAAAAUUUGUUUAAAUAUAUUGUUCUACGUAAAUCAGCCAAGGUAGCCCCCCACAUUUUUACCACACCAAAUCUGGCCCCCUUUUGCAAAAAGUUUGGACACCCCUGUUUAACUGAUGAUCCGGAGACGAGGCCAGCUUCUUUCAAUUGGUACCAGCUAAAUAUUAUUCAAAAAAUAAUGAUGGUAGAAGAAAUAAGCAUCUUGAAUUUGAAACUGUAUGUUGUUGCCGAUUAGCCUCGCAAUGAUCUUAAUUGUGGUUGUCAGCCCAAAACCCUCUAAAUAUAUAUUAAAUGCAUCUUACCAGAUAUAAAAUGACUACUACAUAAUCUGUGGUGAUCGUUUGGUGCCCAGUUUUCACGUCGAAUUGCAGUAGUCCAUCUCGCUCUCCUCUCAGAGUCUCUCGGAAUACGGUAGAACUUCAAGUCUCUCCGUCUAUCUUCUCUUUUACUGCAACCAACCGCCACACACGCCUUCACCAUUUUGAUUAUUAAUCUUAACGAGCAGAAAAAUUAGCCAUAAUAGGAAGAAUUUACGUAGCGGUGAUGCGUAAACAUGACGAGCUGACGGACAAUAUGGCGUGGAGGCGUGGUUGUGACGUCAUGCAAAUUAUGGAAGCCCCAGUGCUUUCAGACGCUGUAAACUCAUUGGAUGAGUUGCAUAAAAGCCGUUAUUUGGAAAAGCUUCGGUCGAUUCAGUCGCCAGAUCCAUAUUUGAUGCCCAAACCGAUGUUUCCUCCCGUCUGGUCCCGUCCCGUGCGUCAGAGCUCGUCCCGAGACCACAAAAUUUCCAAUCAUACUCCAGUUUAUGUCACGAUAAGGAGUCGGGUACCCAAAAUCGGCACUGGCCCGAAUAUGAACCGAGAUCUGGUCAGCUGAGCGUCACCGUUGUCACGAUUGUAAAAUGAAAUUUGAUCGACAACGGGCCGGUGUGUGCCGAAAAAUAGCUGCUCCGCGUGAAAUGUUCCCCCUGCCAGGAGCACUUAUUUAUAACGCUUUAUUGACGUGAAAACAUCAAAUGUUUUCAUGGACGCCUUACAGUAAUGGAUUUACGACUGUAAGAUCAGUUUUAAAUAAUUAAGUUACACAAAAUAUUAGUAAUGUAUUUUCGUAACAAAUCGUGGACUGGGCCACAUAACCAUCUUUGAACAGAAAUGUAUUAGUCUUCAGGUUUUCACGACCAUAUCCCAAUGACAAUCACACAGGUAUGACAUAUAUUAGUUCAAGCAGAGUAAAAUAAUACAUAUUCACGGUACAAGAAAGUCCUUUCCGUGUGGGCGCUCCCGUCAGGGGGGACAUUUCACGCAGGGCGGCUAUUUUUCGGCACAACACCUGUUGUUGCGCUCACCUUCUUGCUGCGUGACCGUGGCAACGAGCUUCGUAGUCUCCGUCUGAUGAUGUCUACGAUCGUGUUGGCAUCAUAUUGAUGUUUUCGCCGCUGUCUGACGACUGUCGACACAAACGCAUCAUGGACCGAGAUAAACAAACGUGCUGCUUUCGAGAUUUGCCCUUUUAACAAUGGGCACACAGCAACUACUAAAAUGACCGUUUAUCUUCUCUGUUACUGCAACCAACCGCCACACAUGCCUUCACCAUUUUGAUUAAUCAAUGUUAACGAUUGUCAGGAAGGUUUUUGGGUUCGUUUACUAGGCGGUGAUUCCUUAGACAAGCAGAAAAACACGCAGUAAUAGGAGGAAUGUACGUAGCGGUAAUAUGUAAACACGAUGAGCUGACGGACAAUAUGGCGGCACCAGUCAGGGGGGCGGAGUUGUGACGUCACGUGAUUGGGGUUUAUACUCGAAGUAUCGCAGCGGCAGAUCUGGCCGCUUCUCUUGUGUUUUAUAUGAGGCUAAACAAGUUGCCCGACAAGCAGUCACACAGCUAAAAUGGAGGUUGUAAAUGAGCGCUUAUAUGGCAAUACACGCUCUGAUAAAGAAUGAGAAAAACAGUCAAUGUAUGCAACAUGGCAGUGACAUGUGCAUUUAUGUCGGUUUUGUUUUACUUUUUUUAGUUUAACUCUUUAACACCUAACCCUUUGAUUAUGCCUUUAUAUUUCAAAGAAAAAUAAUCGCAAUUGCCCGAUUGGAUCCCUUUUUCAGGACACCAUAACCUUAAUGUCCAAACUUGUUUUUUCAACCAAUUAUAAUCAACAUUUUGGACCCAAACAGAUAAAAUAAAACAUUUUUGUCAAAAUUUGUAAAAUUGAUGUCCUGUUGACAACCAAACAUGCUCAACGAAACGUUUUUAAGCUUGAUAUUUAUUCACCAUGUUAAGAUAAACAUUCAACAACAAAAAUGGCACUGAAUAGUUUUAUAUUUGAUACGGCAACAAAAACAGCAGGUAUGAUCAAAGGCGUUUUUGUCCUAUCUACAUAUUAUGGUCAAAACAGGUUAUAUGCAGGAGACAAACAGUGCAAAAUAGUGACUAUAUCAAUGAAAUACACAGUAGAAGCAUGCAAAAUUUCCGAUUCUCAGAUUAUUUGCGAUUCGGCCGUGGAAGAUUCGAGAACGAUUCACAAACAUCCAAAUUCCGAUUAUUGAAUUAUACCUGGUAAAGCGGAAAUAAAACACAGUCAGCGCGGUCUUCGGGACGCAAUGAGGAACGGACCGAGAGUAAAUAUCAUGUGCAUCUAAUGCCGCUAGAUAAAAAAAAAAAUAAUAAUACCUGACUGCGGCCAUCAGCCGCUACAAACAGCGCCCAGUUGCUACUUGUUAGUUACUACAAACAUACGGCAAUAUACGGCUAUGGUAGAUAUCACAUAUAUCUAGAACUAGAUGUGAAAUGACAGACGACGGCCGUGUUAGACCAUGUAUCAAGAACUAGAUGCGAAAUGACAGCCUUCCCCGCGCUACUAAACAGGCGCCAUCUUAAAACGGUAGACUUCUCUAGAGGGCUCUGUUGUAGUGAACCUAAUUACUUUUUAUCUAAAAUACCCCUAAAUCGGCAAAAUCUUGGCUUGAAUCUUUCUUUAAAUGAUGAAACAGUUUUAAAACUGUCGAAAGUAGACAUAAGGGAAAUGAUGGAAUAACAGGCACAACUUUAACGGUUGAUUCACAACAUUAAAUUAAUUGAAUGUAGUUUAAAGCUGCUGUUACAGAAUGGGGACUUGAGUAUUUUAUUUACUGUUUUUGACAGGUAACUUGAUACUAAAAUACGGUAGUAGUUUGGUUUAUUUAGCCUGAGAGGAUUUUUGAACAAUUUUGGAACAAAUAUACAGAACAUUAAAAAAAAAAAAAAAAAAAAAAAAGGGGUGGGGGGGCUUCAAUAAUCGAUUUAUAAUUGAAUCAGAGCCUCUGAAUCGUAAUCAAAUCAAUAAGUGCCAAAAGAUUCCCACCUCUAAUACACAGUAUAUAUAAAAGUUACCCCAACCUCCAUCUCCUAAUUCCCCCCCCCCCACAUUUCCGAAAUGCAAAACCUCCAUUUUAACAACUUAAGAACAUUGGGUGUUCAUUAAAAUAGUGUACCGCACAUAACACGUCACCUUUGCUAAAUAAUAUUCAUGAUAUAAUACAAUAUUCAUCAUAUUUAGUAUGAUCCCUAUAACCAGCAUUAUGUACUAUUCUUAUGGCUCUUUUUUGCAAAAUGGAUAGUGAUGUUAUUGUACAUUUAUAAGUGUUAGCCCAGACCUCUGCACAGUAGUGUAAAUAUGGCAGGAUUAAAGAAUGUGGAGUGAUUUAUUGUCAAGACUGUGUUUAGCUUUAUUCAGGACUGAUAUGCUUCUUGAUACUUUACUUUGUGUAUGUUUUAUAUGAGCUUUCCAGUUACCCUUGUCAUCAAUAACAACCCCAAGAAACUUGUUUUCAUAGACCCUUUCAAUAUUCAUCCCAUCUAUCUGUAUUUGUACUGACUAUAUUUAUUGUAUCUGGUAAAUAACAUGAUUUUGGUUUUACUUAAAUAUAAUAAUUUUUUAUGUGUCAAGCCAUGUCUUUAGUUUACAAAUUUCAUCAGAAACCCCCCCAGGAGCUCAUGCACAUGCCCCCCAGAGAAAAGAUACUUGUUUCAUCUGCAAUUUUAAUAUUCUUGAAACUUUGUAUAUAUCAUUUAUAUAAGAAUAAACAGUUUUGGACCUAACACUAAACCCUGAGGGACACCACAAGCAAUGUCCAAGCAUAAUGAUGAAUAGUCACCCUCUUCACCCAGUGUAGUGCCACCCCCCUAAUCCAAUACUUUUCAAGUUUAUUGAUUAAAAUGUCAUGAUUAAUAGUGUCAACUAGGGAUGUCCCGAUCUAGGUUUUUGCACUUCCGAUCCGAUACCGAUAUUGUUUUGCACUUCCGAUCCGAUACCGAUAUUGGCCGAUACCGAUACCGGCCUAUCUGAGCAUGUAUUAAAGUUAUUUAGCCUCCUUACUUAGUUGUCAGACUCAUGUUGAAAAGAGUUUUAUUACUCUUGAUAACAACUAGCCAGCUGAAUUAAGUGAGUUUGAAUAACACACAAUGGUUGGUAACAAGAAACUGACCUGUUUAUUCAGUGACAAACACAAAACAUUAUAAAUGACAAACAGAAAUGGCAUAGUCAGUAAAACGUGCAAAUAAUAUUGUAAACUGUCAGUGGAAAAUCCCAUUAAGCCCCCAAGCUAUUAGAUGCUUUUAAUGUUCCGUGCAUUAGUAACAAAAAUUGUAUAAAAAACCUCAGGUUUAAAUAAACAACUAUUUCAGUAUCAAGUUAACAUUUUAAAAUAGUAAAUAAAAUACUCAAGUCCCCAUUCUGUAUCAGCAGCUUUGAACUACAUACUUUUUUAGGAAAUCACAACUAAAAACAAUAGACCAUGCCUCUUUUAAGUAAAAGACAACAAUAUUAAUACUGCACAGAAACACAGAAGAAAUAAAAUGUGUUUAUAAGAAAAAUACAAUUCCACUUAAUAAUUUAAGCAUCUAGGCAAAUGAAAACGUUUCCCCCUUAUAGCUUCUGCUAUGGCGUUCCAUGUGUAAUACAGUGGUACCUCAACAUACGAAGUUAAUUCGUUCCAGGAGCUUGUUUGUAAGUCGAAAUGGCCGUAUGUCAAGCAGUAUUUUUCCAUAAGAAUACAUUAUAAUUCCAAUAAUUCGUUCCACAGCCCAAAAACCCACACUACAUCCUUAAUAAAUACUGGUGUUACUAUUGCAAAUAGGAAUUUCAACGAGCAAAACAAAUAAAAUAUUAAUAAAAAUCAGAAUAACAAUAAUAAUAGUAAUAAAAAUACGGUAAUAAUAAUACAGUACAGUACCUGUAAUAAUGUAACGAAUCGAGUUCCAAUGUGGCGGACUUUUUUUGCUGCACCUGAACGCACCGCGGGGCUGACGGUGAGCAGGAGGAGAGCGCUUCUUACUUUCUGUUUCGAUCCUGGCGUCAACAGCAGUGGACACUCGACGAGUUGAUGGAAUAAAUGAUUAGAAACCUGACGAAGCUGGUGAUGUCUUACCACAAUAAGAGCUGUCACCCUAACUUAUAAAGACUGGCGAACGGAGGGGGACCGCCGGCCGAGAUCGACAUUCUACGACCCAGUUCAUAGAUGCACACAUCAUGCUUAUAUUUUGCUAUCAUUCACAUCUUCAUUUCAAUGGUAAGCGUCACCUUUUUUUUCUCCACCUGCACUAAACUAAAAACAGAACUAAAAUGCAUUUUGCGUAGUUGGUAACAAGGAAGCCGAACUUUUAACUGCACGUCAGCGGCACGCACGCGCGCACGCGAGGCGAUAAAUCGCAGCGGAAAAAUUAUCGCCUUCAUUUUUAUGUACCGUGUGAUAAAUGGAAUUAUUGCAUAUUGCGACCGGCUAAGAUUCAAGUCAAGAUUUUGCCGAUUUAGGAGUACUUUAGAUAAAAAGUUAAUUAGGUUCGCUUGGAAGAUUCACUACAACAGCCUACAAGGGAAGUCUCCUGCUUUAAGAUGGCGGCUGUUUACUAACGCAGCUAGUUUUCAAUGCAUGUGUAUGUCGCUAAAUGCUUGAUUAGGUUGGUUUUAUUAAAACUUCUUACAACUUUACCACCACGCUUGACUUUAUUGUGGCAUAUGUUGCACUCUGCCUCUUCGUCUUUAUCGUCCUUUAAGGUGAAAUGAUCCGACACAGCUGACAUUUUUACAGAUAAAGUCUCUUGGUAAAUUGGGAGAAGGUAAUGUAGUGUGUUGAAGGUGUGCCGUAAAUUGCGGACCGGAUUUUAGGGAAACCGAAGCAAAAACUGGAAUGGAUUAUGUAUAUCGGUGCGCUGGAAAACCCGGACCGGAUUUUCCCCAAAAAAUGGAUCGGAAGUCUGGAUCGGAAUUUUUCCGUGUCGGCCGAUCCGAUCCGCAUUUUUUGCCCAUAUCGGCGUCCGAUCCAAAUAUCGGAUCGGGACAUCUCUAGUGUCAACUGCUUUCUUCUAAGAAUAUUCCAACUGAGUGUAAUUUGUGAUCAAUAGCGUUACUGAUGUCCUGAACCAAUUCAAUUAAUGCUAGUGAUGUUGAGCUGUUUGCCUUAAAUCCAUCCUGACUGUCGAAAAGUAAGUUAUAUUUAGUUGUGAAUUUAUCUAAUCUGUUGUUGAAUCAUUUUUCAAGAAUUUGGGGAAAUCGUGGAAGUAGAGAAGCAGGCCUGUAAUUUGUAAAGUGGUGCCUAUCUCCAGUCUUGUGUUAUGGCACUACUUUAGCUAUUUUCAUUUUGUUUGGAAAUGUACCCGUUGAAAAUGAUCAAAUAUAAAUAUAAAGUAUGUUAGUGGUUUUGGAAUCCCUUCAAUGACCUUUUUUACAACUGUCAUGUCAAUGUAAUUUCAAUGAGUGGAUGUUUUGUAUUUACAUGUAUUUGCCGUAUCAAUUAUUUCUUCCACCACUGCUGUAAUGGACAUUAAACUGGGAUUCCUUUCAAUGAGGUUUUCAUUCCACUCCUCGGAUAAACUUUUUUUUUUUGCCAGAUUUGGUCCAACAUUUACGAAGAAAUAAUUAAAGCUGCUGACGAUGUCAUCCCUAUUAUCGUUCUUCACAUCAUUUUCCACAAAGCAUUGAGGAUAGCUCCGUUGCGUUGCACCAUUUUUAAUAAUUCCAUUCAAUAUGUCCCAUAUUCCUUUAAUAUAGUUUUUUUUUUUUUAAAAUAUAUAUACAAUAUGUUACGAUAGUAGUCUUUCCUACAUACCCUUACGAUAUUAGUCAGGUUUUUUUAAAUAUUUUUUUUCUGCCUCUGUAGUUCUUUGUUUUAUAAAUUCUCUAUACAGUGUAUUUUUCUCCUUUACAAGCGUUUGUAAUCCCUUCGUGAACCAUGGUCGAUCUUUGUACUUUUGUUUUCUGCCGUACCGUUGUAUUGGACAGUUUUCAUCAUAUAAGUAUGUGAAUAUAUUAAAGAAAAUGUUUCAUAUACACGGUCAAUGUCAAUUCCAUUACAUGCAUAUUCCCAAUUUUGUGCCAAUAAAUCCUUUUUAAAUGAGUUCAGUUUCCUCUGUACUUACUUGUCUGUACUUGACAUUCUGCUCUGGCAACUUUCUUAGCUGGGUACCAUUAUAAACUGUUAGAUCACUAAUAUUGUUAAUUAAGUCCGCUUACUGUAUUACUUUCAAUGUCAUUGGUGACUAUAUUAUCUAUUAAAGUAGCAUUGUUGGUUGUGAUUCGACUCGGUCUGGUGAUUUUUUUCAUACAAACUCAUACUGUACAUGGUAUUAGGGCUGGGCGAUAUGGCCUUAAGUACGAAUCACGAUAAAUACCUCGAUGACGACAAAUUCGCCCAAGCGGACUGUUAUAUAAUUUGAAAAUUUGAAUCAAUGC